GUAGUAGAGAAACAGCAUUCAUUCACGCCAUACUGAGUGCCGGCGUCGUCCACGGUCUCACCGAGGCGUGCAGUGGCGGAAACCUAACGGUGUGUUCCUGUGAUCGUUCCCAGGACGGUAAGCUCACUUCCGAGGGUUGGAAGUGGGGUGGCUGCUCGGACAACGUAAAAUUUGGAGUCGUGUUUGCCAGGCACUUUGUAGACGCUGCGGAAAAGGAGUCCAGUGAAAACAGAGACGUGAAGAAUGCGAUGAACCUUCAUAAUAAUCACGUCGGUAGGCUGGCAGUAUCACACCAUAUGAUUAGAAGCUGUCGAUGUCACGGCAUUUCUGGAUCCUGUGAACUGAAGACUUGUUGGAGGAAACUGCCAUCUUUUGCCAAUAUUGGUAACUAUUUGAAGAAAAAAUAUGCAAAGUCAGUUCAAAUAUCUGUGAAGGCAAGGAGAAAACUUCGUCGACGAGGGAAGAGAAAGGUUCUCGUGAGGAAGAACGACCUGGUCUAUUUAAAUAAAUCUCCAAACUAUUGUGUGGAAGAUCGGGCGAACAAGAUCUUUGGAACAGCCGGUAGACUUUGUAACAAAACGUCACCAGGCCCAGAUGGCUGCAACUUGCUGUGCUGUGGACGAGGCUACAACACCCAGGUGAUAACGCACGUGGAACGGUGUCACUGCAAGUUUCAUUGGUGCUGCUAUGUCACGUGCCGCACUUGUAAAACCAUAAUGGAAAUUUAUACGUGUAAAUAA